GUCCAUCCACUCCGGCCUCGAGGAAGCUCGGUUGCUACGGGCGACCGUAGGCUCUAGAUUCUCGGUAGUGGAUUCAACUGGUCUGAGAGCAGCUUCCUCCCAGAGUGCUGCGCGGCGACGCCUGCUGGUUUGCUGUCAUGGCCGGAGUGCUGAAGAAGACCACAGGUCUCGUUGGACUGGCGGUAUGUGAGACCCCACGGGAGCGGCUAAAAUUAUUAUAUACAAAGAUUCUUGAUGCUCUUGAAUUUAUGCCCUCAACUGCGGCAUAUAGAAGGUACACAGAACAGAUUACAAAUGAAAGACUGAAUAUGGUGAAAGAGGAAACAGAUCUUCAGAAACUAGAGGAUAAGCUUCAGGCUGGCCAGCUAGAAGAGGUGAUUCUUCAGGCUGAAAAUGAAUUAUCACUGGCAAGAAAAAUGUUGACUUGGAAACCCUGGGAGCCUUUAGUGGAAGAACCACCAGCCAACCAGUGGAAAUGGCCAUUAUAAUCAAUGUUAAAUAUCUAUAAUGUCUGAUUUUUAAAAAAUCAUUAAACAUCUGUUUAAAUACUAUUAAAAUAUUUUUUGAAUUAUUGAAAUUUUAUUAACAAGAAAACUGAAACAAGGUGUUUAGGGACAUAAAUUAGAGAAGAAUUGAUAUAUGAUAGGGAUGGACUAUGAUCAUUUUAAUCUGAAAAGCAUUUAUUCAUAAACUAAAUUAUUUUGAAAUUCCCUCAGAGAAAGUGAUUGCACUAUCAUUUGAAAAAUCUAAUCAGAAACUUUUUUUCUUUUAACAAAUCUUCAGUCCAAGAAUGAAGAAAGCAACAGAGACUAAUAUUUAAGGCAUGAAAAACAAUCAAAAAUUGAAGUUUAGUAAUCUAGAUAGGAAGACUUCCUUUAGUAUUUUUUUAACAUUGAGUUUUAAAGUUUGUGCUAAGUGAUGUUAAUUUCUGGGAAAGAACUAAAUAAGGUGGCAUGCUUAUAUUUUAAAUUAAACACUUUAAAAAUGCUGAACUAUUGCAUGGUAAGCACCUGAUUAGCCAAGAUUCUAACACUUAUUAAUUGAAAUUGUUUUUAUUUAAUUUCAUGCAUUUUUCCACAUUCUGAAAGUGAUAGGAGAGAUUUUCAAAUUGAGAUUGAUCUGCUUGACUUUGAGUAUGUGUAUUUAAUGAAGAAAAAAAUCUAAAUUUAAUAUAUGCAAUUUGGUCUUAUGUAUAUUAAACAGAAAUGUUUACUGAA